GUCGCACAUGUGAACGCUAUGUGCCCUCAUCUCGUAGCCCAGCGGGGAGCGGUAAACAACCACUUGCAGUAUGACAAACACAAGAUAACGGUCCGGGCCACGGAUGAGCCACGUGGUAUGGAAUCAUAUGCAGAUGUAAAGACAGAUAUUGCAGCACUUCUGACCGAUUCACAAUCGUCUUGGCCAGCUGACUUCGGAAACUACGGCCCCUUCAUGAUUCGACUCGCAUGGCAUUGCUCUGGUACAUAUCGAACGUCGGACGGCCGAGGAGGUUGUGAUGGUGGACGUAUCAGAUUUGAUCCAGAGUUGACUUGGGAGGACAACGCCAAUCUUAACGAGGCACUGAAACUACUGGAACCUGUGAAGGAAAAGUAUGGCGAUGUCCUUUCUUGGGGUGAUCUGAUAGUUCUGACUGGAAAUGUUGCAAUUGAGACCAUGGGUGGGCCUGUUCUAGGUUUCUGCGGGGGUCGUGUAGACUCGAAGGACGGGAAUGAGAGUAUCCCACUUGGACCGACUGCUUAUCAAGAAGAGCUGGCGCCGUGUGAGAUCAAUGGUCAAUGCGAGGCUCCGCUUGGUCCCACAACCAUAGGUUUGAUAUACGUAAAUCCAGAAGGACCCAUGGGCGUUCCCGACCCUGUGGGUAGCGCGGUUGAUGUUCGCUCAUCCUUCGGGCGUAUGGGAAUGAAUGAUAGCGAGACAGUAGCGCUAAUUGGCGGCGGGCAUGCAUUUGGUAAAACCCAUGGCGCAUGCGAUGACCCCCCUUGUGGAUCUGGCGAGAUGGAAGGCAAAGGACCCAACACCUUCACAAGUGGUUUUGAGGGUCCAUGGACCAUUGAUCCCACAACAUGGGACAACUCCUACUACACGAACCUGCUUGAUUACGAAUGGAGUGAGGUUGACGGGCCGGGCGGACACGUACAGUGGGAGACUGACGACCUUCCAGGUGUGAUGAUGCUCACUGCAGACAUCUCUCUAAUCAACGAUGAAGAAUAUUUGCCAUUGGUGCAAGAGUUUGCCAAAGACCAGGACGCUUUGGAUAAGGCCUUUAUAUAUGCUUGGUACAAACUUACCACUCGUGAUAUGGGCCCUGCAGAACGAUGCAUGGGCGAUGAUGUGCCUCCCCCUCAGCCAUUCCAGAAUCCAUUACCGGCUUCAAAUUCUUCUAGUGUAGACUUUGAUGAGGUUAACACAAAGAUCAACGAGAUCAUGAAUACAGAAUCCGACAUUCUAGCACCUGACACAGAUGCAGAUGGAAACCCAUAUUAUGGUGCUUACUUUGUCACACUCGCAUAUCAAUGCGCAAGCACUUUCAGAGCCACAGAUAAUGGAGGUGGUUGCAAUGGGGCGAGUAUCAGAUACGAGCCGCAGAAGUCUUGGCCUAGGAAUGUAAAUAUGGAUAAGGUAAUGGAGCUUCUGCAACCCGUGAAGGAUGAGUUUGAGGAUCUCUCUUGGGCGGAUCUGAUUGUUGCAGCAGGUCAUGCGGCUAUUGUAGACGCAGGGGGAAAGGAUGCUUUCAAAGGGGGACGCUCGGAUGCACCCAACGGCGACUACGCAGCAACAUUGGAGCUUCGUGACUACUAUCUAAAUCCAAUCAUCGCAAAUGUAGACAAUGCGAAAGUUAUGGGUUUAACAGUUGAAGAAUUCGUCGCUCUUGCUGCACGCCCUCGUAGUGCUAGCCAUGAGGCUACACUUGGUUAUGUAGGUUCAUACACUGAUGAUCCCUCGACCCUGUCAAAUGGCUACUUCAAUCUUCUGCUUGAUGAAGAUUGGCAGAUGAUUCCCGAUUCAGUUAAUGGGUACAAAGCUGAAGGUAAGGAUCUGUACAUGGAGGAUUUUGACCUAGCACUUCUGGACGAUCCUGAGAUGAAGGCUGCGGUUGAAAA